GACCCAAAUACGGCCACAGUUGUGUCGAUCAGUGGUAGCCCAAACUGCUGCCACGACAGCCGAAGCAACAAGCCCACCAAGUGAUCAGCACAUGGGCCGGGCCUGGUUGGGCAUCACUCCAAGGCAAGGCAGACUACAAAUAUCCACGGGAGGUGCAGCGAAGAGUCAUCCGGGCUUGGAUCACGAACGGCAACGGCGGCUUCCUCUGUCCCCUAUCAUCUCCUACCUCAUGUACUCCUCCUCAACCUCUUGUAGCUCAGCUUGAUCUUCCUGUAAUGGAGUAAUUCGAGUGAUUCGUAAGUGGGUACCUAACAUCGUGGCAUCAGAGCCUCCUUCCACCCUUCCGAUUCGCCACAAAUUUUCCCGAGUUCGUCCAAUUUUUGCCCAAUUUUUUUUCUGAGUUCAUCAAUUUCUUUCACCACCAUGCAUGCGGAGCUGAAGGCCUACUUGGUCGAUUACCAUGCGCGGACCAUGGCGCGCUACGACACCGUGGACAAGCAGCACGCGCGGAUGUUGAAGAUCCUCACGGGCGUCUCGACCCCGCAGCUGGCUUGCCCCAUGGGAACGGCAGCCGAUGGCGGCCUCACCGACAACGCCAGAGCCCCGCGGUCGUCCACGACGUCUUCUCCUCCACCACCAAGGCCCAGGAGACCUUGGAGCUCACCCCCGGCGCGUCCCCUGCUUCCAUCAAGAUGGUGCCGGUCACCUGUUCGACGGAAUGUUCGACCCAGGUCAUCACUGUCACCCAUGUCGAGGAGGUCCACGACGCCACCACAACCCUGCGCCCCGAGCGCGCAGUCGACAUCAACGACAAGGAGGUCGAGAAGCUCAUACCCGCGUGGGCACCACCCACCAUCAGCACCGACACCUCUCUCAACAAGGAGUUCGUUCCUCCAGUGGCGACCACCAGCAACAUCGACCCCAAGGCCAUCGUACAGGAGUUGGAUACCUCACCACUACCCUCCAUCGACACCUCCACCCCGGUCGUGAGCGAUGGGGAGCACGGCGUCCUUCUCGUCGUCUCCAGCAACCUCGCUGCACCAGCGCUGACCAUGCACUGGGCAGACUGCCCUGUCCCUGCAGGCGACUGGGUGAAGCCUCUUACUGCCACCAUCAACAGUGCCGACGAGACACAUGACACUGCCAUCGCCGAGCGUCUGCACCUGUCUUCCUUCGAACAUCAACCAUGGCUACCCACUGUACAAGUGCAGUUCUAUCACAUGGGACCCCUCUUCAGGCCUAGUCCGUGGUCGUCGUUCCGACCUCUGUCAGUCGCAAGCUACUUGGAAGAACCAUGUUCACGUAUCCAUAGUCAAUCACGUGGAGGUUCCUGCUUCAGUCCUUGUCUAAUUCGAUUGACAAUCAGAGAUGUUCCUCGGGACGACCCUAUUAAUGGAACCGAUUCAGACAGGACUUGCACCAAUGGAAUUCAACAUAAAGUGCCUGAAAGUAUUAGUACAAUUGGACCGCUUGCAGUUGCACGCUCAACUGAACAAGAAGCUUGCCUUGAGGAGUACCAGGAUGCAUCUUCUUUUCUUCAUCAAUCAGAUCCAGGAGAUGGUAUAGCAGUCGCAUGUGAGCCAGAUGUUUCUGCGAACCUCAAGAGUUUGGAUAAAGGCUCAGUGGGUUCGUUUGGUUAUCGGAAUGAUCUUGUUGUUACAGUCGACGACAUGCUCAAGUCCACUUCUGAAGAUAACUACAGUACACGCAUUUUAAUACAGGACAGUGCAUGGCAUGUUUCCUAUGAGGCUUUUCACUUUCAGUAUAAUGAGAGGGAUCCCAAUUCAGCCUUAAACUGGUUUGCUCAUGCCAAAACCACUCACGACACCCAUCAUGCUACCGUGGUUGAAUAUGUUAUCCAUAUGGUGAGAACUUUGUUGAUUAUGAUUGAGCUGGAGCAGUGCACUAACCCAGGCUUAUUUGUUAAAUGGGUUGUCGAGUCUGGGAGCAGCAAAAACAGCAAGGUUGUUUGGCAAACAUACGGAAUAUUUCUGGAGAGAGUGUGUUAUGGGGGCCCUGAUUAUGCCAUUUCUAUUUAAUCUCAUGAGUAACUUGUGCUCAGCAGGAGGUAUCAUGUUCACCUCCUGUGAUUCUUUUAAUUUUUUGAGAAAGGAUGAUCACCUUAACAGUCAGGAGAGCACCACGACUACCUCUGCUUUGACAUUAAACACUUCCAUUCAGUUCAUGUUCUCUGUGAGAGUUGAGCGCUUGGCCCCCCUGUGCGAUAACGUGCAUUCAUCUAGUGACCAAGCUGCAGAAAAUGGUACUGACAAGAGAAAAGUUCUGUUGACUACUCCAUAUGAGGUAUGGCUUACCAAGCUACGACCAAGACCAUGGCCAUGGUUCGAGUUUACUCCGAAGACCAUUCAACCUAGGCUAGACUUGGUUUCACUUUCAGGUCAUUGCCGCAAAACUUGUGUGGUGUUCGAGCAAUGCUUUUGUAGUCAGCUCUAUUUACGAAUUGAACACUUGAGGCUCACGUGUGAUGAAUUACCCAAUACUCCUGGAAUGGUCAGCUUGGAAUUCACUGUCUUUGCUAUGUAUCUGGCUUUGCUGCUACUCGCUUCUACUGAUAUCAAUCACACCGGAUUCUCCCGCUCAAGCACAACUGUUACAAACCUGAAGCUGCAGCUGAUUGCCUUUUCAGAUGAGUGGAAACUCCUAAAGCCUAAUUUCGUUCAAGCUAAUUUUGUCCCCUGUUCGGAUGCAUUUCUCACUGGGAACCAAUUCAUGGUGGUUGUUGAACUGUUGUUGCAUCCUGUUGGGCAGAUAAGUGACAGGGUUCAAAGGUGGAGAAGCCAAUAUCAUACAAGGGAGAGCAACAAAAUCACUUACAACUAUGGCAUAUGCGUUGGCAUCCUAGUGUACCUUGUCAAGCUAUUGGUGGUGCUUCUCUUGGGGGCCAGAUGCAGGUCUCACUACUACUCUGUUUUGGUUAGCCCAUAACAGCACCAGGAAACUACAAGAGAUGCCAUGUAUUUCUGGGAGCUCUAGUACCUGUGCUCGCUUGCAUGCAAUGAGAUCCAUAACUGAAGAUUAUCCCAUAGCUUUUAUCAUGUGGCAGUUCAUACAAUCAGUUGAACAUGCAACUUCUUGCAAGCAGUGGGGCCCGGGAGGAUUGCAUUUUGCGGAGCUAGAAGAGAACGAGCACCGGCUUGGGGGCAAGCCAGUUGUUAAGGAGGAGGGGAUGUCAGCGACCCAAAUACGGCCACAGUUGCGUCGAUCAGUUGGUAGCCCAAACUGCUGCCACGACAGGCGAAGCAACAAGCCCACCAAGUGAUCAGCACAUGGGCCGGGCCUGGUUGGGCGCCACUCCAGGGCAAGGCAGACUACAAAUAUCCACGGGAGGUGCAGCGAAGAGUCAUCCGGGCUUGGAUCACGAACGGCAACGGCGGCUUCCUCUUUCCCCUAUCAUCUCCUACCUCUUGUACUCCUCCUCAACCUCUUGUAGCUCAGCUUGAUCUUCCUGUAAUGGAGUAAUUCGAGUGAUUCGUAA